AGCAGAAACUUUUUCGUUAGUAGCUUGCAUCCGCAGCUAACAAAUUCCAUCCCAUCCAAGCGAGAAAGAAAAAUAAGGUCGGAGAGGUGCAAAAGACUCGUAUGCAACCUGAGAUACAUCGUCCAUUGAACCUCCAGCACCACCAUAUUCUGACAACAAUAAUCAUGGUUGUCGAGGCACUUCUCUCGUCCUUCUUGGAAAUUCUGAUCGACUCAACGAAGAAGAGCGUAGUCCGGCAGAUAGGUGCUGUCUGGGGUCUGGAGGAGGACCUGGAAAAGCUUGAGAGGACGUUGUUGCGGAUUCAAUCCAUCGUUGGAGAUGCAGAGGAGCAGCAGAUUAAGGACACUGCCGUCAAAAAUUGGUUGACGGCACUCAGGGAUGCGGCCUACGCUGCAGAGGACGUUCUCGACGAAUUUAAUCUCGAAACCCUCAGGAAGAGUAACAGAGCAAUCGAGAACAAGAUGAUGGGCAAGGUCAGUGACUUCUUUUCAUCCCAUAAUCCACUUUGUUUUCGAUUCAAAAUGGCAAGGAAAUUGAAUGAAGUAGUAAAGAGUAUAGAUAAGAUUGCAGCAGAGAGUCGUAAGUUCAAUUUUGCAGUUCGCACACAAGAGCAAACCCCCCCAACUGUACGACAAACACACUCUUAUGUCGUGGAAUCGGAUGUUAUUGGUAGAGGCGAGGAGAAGGAUGAGAUAGUAAAGCUGCUAAUAGAACAACAGGACGAGAAUGAGAAGAUUGCAGUCCUCCCUAUAGUUGGCAUGGGAGGAUUAGGAAAGACUACCUUAGCUAAACUGAUCUACCAAGACAAGCGGGUGGAGAGGCAUUUCCAAUUGCGUAUUUGGGUUUGUGUGGGCUCUGUUUUUGAUCUGGGAGAGAUUCUUAAAGCGAUCAUCAGUUCCGCCACUGGGAGACAGAGCGACCUGAAAUUUAUGGACAUGUUACAAUGCAGUGUUCGAGAUGUAUUGGCCGGGAAAAGAUAUCUGCUUGUGUUAGACGACGUGUGGAAUGAAGACUCAUCGAAGUGGGACGACUUAAAAGCGCUGUUAGCCUGCGGAGGAGACGGAAGCAGAGUUGUCGUGACCACGCGUAGUGAUGGAGUGUCGUCCAUGAUGGGCACGCUCACCACUCACAAGCUGGCAUUCCUAUCUGAAGAAGAUUCAUGGGAUUUGUUCAGGAGAAGAGCAUUUCCAAGCGGACAAGAUGAUGAUAAGCAGCAGCAUCAAAAUCUGGUGGAGAUUGGAAAAGCCAUUGUAACAAAGUGUGGGGGAUUGCCUCUCGCAGUAAAGGCCCUGGGCAGCAUGCUGAGCUACCAGAAUGAUGAAAGGGAGUGGUCUGCUAUAAAGGAAAGUAACAUCUGGGCUACCAAAGUUGGUGAAGUUGAUAUCCUGCCUGCAUUGCUUCUGAGUUACAAAUGACUUGCCUUCGCACCUGAAGUGAUGCUUCGCCUUCUGUGCCAUAUUCCCCAAAGAUUACGAGAUAGAAGUGGACAUGUUGAUUCAACUGUGGAUGGCUCAGGGGUUUAUUCCAUCGAAAGGAACAGCAGAACCGGAGGUUAAAGGCCACCGAAUUUUCAUGGAGCUACA